GCCUAUAUAUACACAAUACAAAAUUUCUCAUAUAUAUGUCUAGCUACUUCUUCCUCUUCAAUCAACUGACGUUCAAAAUGAAGGUCGCUGAUCAUCCUCGUCAUGGACAAUGGACCACAGGUUUAUGUGGAUGCUUUGAAGAUCCUGGAAACUGCUGCAUGACCUGUUGCUGUCCAUGCAUUACCUUUGGUGAAAGUGCUGAAGUCAUAGACAAAGGAAAUACAUCUUGUGCGUGCGCUGGUUUAGUGUUCUAUGCUCUGUCGUACGUGGGAUGUGUGGGCUUGUAUUCGUGCACGUACAGAAGAAAACUGAGAGGCCUUUUUAACUUACCAGAAGAGCCAUGCAGUGAUCGCUGCAUUCACUGCUGUUGCACUUCUUGUGCUAUUUGCCAAGAGUAUAGAGAGCUCAGAAACCGUGGAAUCGACCCCUCCUUAGUCUACCGCUAAUUUUUCAACAAGCUUAUUCAGUCACAAAUAUAUUAGGUGGACCAAAAUAUCAUUGCGACGUCACUUGGUGGAUCAAUGCCACCUCACUGCCAUGUCAUCGCCACAUCCUAGUUAUCCAGUGGACCACUGCCACGUCACUGCCAUGUCACUACCGCAUCAUUUGUCACUACCAUAUCAAAUAUUAUCACCUUCAAUUGUGUUUUGGUUAAGUUUGAACUUGUAACCCCAUACUCUCAUGUGCCUUUGCAUCUACCUUGUUGCCAGUUGAGCUAAAA